AAUGUUGACUUUGAUAUGAUGUUUUAAAAUAUGAGGGUGUGUUAGAUCUUCUUCCAUUACUUAAAAUCAUCCUCCUCAGAUCGAUCAAUAUGAGUAAGCUACAACUAUAUUCUUUCUUCAUGAGCAGUGCCUCUUUUCGUGUUCGUAUUGCUCUCAAUUUGAAAGGACUUGAUUAUGAAUACAAGGCCGUUAAUCUGUUCAAAAAUGAGCAAACUCGUCCUGAAUAUUUAAAGAUCAAUCCUAUUGGGUAUGCGCCUGCCCUUGUGGAUGGUGGCAUAGUACUUGCUGAUUCUUUUGCAAUCAUAUUGUACCUUGAAGAGAAGUACCCUCAGCAUCCAUUGUUACCUCGUGACCUUGUGAAAAAAGCAAUAAAUUAUCAGGCUGCAAAUAUCGUUUCUUCGAGCAUACAACCUCUUCUUAUGCACUACAUUGGAGCAAAUAUUGGUGAAGAUGAAAAAAUUCAAAGUAUUCAUAAGCAUGUUGCAAAAGGCUUUGCUGCCUUGGAAAUCUUACUAAAAGAUCACGCUGGAAAGUACGCAAUUGGAGAUGAAAUUUACUUGACUGAUGUGUUUCUUGCUCCACAAAUCAUUGGUUUAUCAGAGAGAUUCAACUUUGACAUGAGUGACUACCCUCUACUAUCCAGGUUGAGGGAGGCAUACAUGCAGGUACCUGCCAUUCAAAAGGCCCUACCUGAAAACCAGCCAGAUUUUCCAUCAAUUGAGGGAAAAAUCUAAAUGUAAAGUCCCACCAGAAACUAAGCGGAAUUAAAUGGCGAUUGAAAGCAAAAUGGAUAAGCCAUUUCUGUAGAAAUUCUAAAGUCGUCUCGCUUGAAGCACAUUAUUUCUAUACAUUAUGUGAAGUAGUAUGUAUUAAUAGACUACAAUAUACUAUUUAUUGUAUUUCUCCUUGGUAUUU